AUGGGGCCCCUCGUGAGCCACCUGCUGUCUGGUCUGUGUGUCGGGAUGCUCCUGGGCUGGGUAGGGGGCUCCAUCCCUAAUCUGGGCCCGGCGGAACAGGAGCAGAACCACUACCUUACCCAAUUGUUUGGCCUAUAUGGAGAGAAUGGGACGCUAACCGCAGGGGGCCUGGGCCGCCUUCUCCACAGUCUGGGGCUAGGCCGAGUACAGGGGCUUCACCUGGGACACCAUGGGCCUCCCAGUCGUGUGCUACACCCAGCUGCAGACAAUGCCACACACAGGCCCCAGGACCCUGAGCUGAGUGUAGAUGUCUGGGCUGGGAUGCCCCUGGGCCCCUCGGAGUGGGGUGACCUGGAAGAGUCCCAGAAUCCCCACCAAGCCCCCGGACCAGCCUCCUCGGGCCUGGACCUCUUUCAUAGGCUGCUACUGUUGGACCACUCAUUGGCUGAUCACCUGAAUGAGGAUUGUCUUAAUGGCUCCCAGCUGCUGGUCAACUUUGGCCUGAGCCCAGCUGCUGCUCUGACUCCUCGUCAGUUCGCCUUGCUGUGCCCAGCUCUGUUGUAUCAGAUUGACAGCCGCGUCUGCAUCCAAGCCCCAACCCCAGCCCCCUCGGUGGACCUACUAUCUGCCCUGCUUCAUAGUGCCCUGGCAGUCCUGCUGCUCAGCCUUCCUGCUCCCCUCUCCCUGCUGCUGCUGCGGCUCCUGGGACCUCGUCUCUUGCGACCCCUGCUCGGCUUCCUGGGGGCCCUGGCCGUGGGCACUCUUUGUGGGGAUGCAUUGCUUCACCUGUUGCCACAUGCACAAGAAGGGUUGCACGCAGGACCUGGUGGGCGACCAGAGGAGGAUCCAGGUCCAGGGCUGUUGGUGCUGGGAGGCCUCCUCCUGCUGUUCGUGCUGGAGAACAUGCUAGGGAUCUUACGACGCAGAGGACUCAAGACAAGAUGCUGCAGGCAGAAACGAAGGGAUUUUGACGCACCGCCCCUGGACCCAGAGGAUGGCUGUGGGAGGGCCCUUCAGCCGCUACAGGCAGCUCCAGAGCCAGGGGUUCAGGACCAGAGGGAGUGGGACAAGCAGCCUUCACCAGCCCCAGCCCCUACUGGACACCAAGGCCACAGUCACGGAUGCCAGGGUGGCACUGGUGCCAGCAUCACAUGGAUGGUUCUUUUGGGAGAUGGCCUGCAUAACCUCACAGAUGGGCUGGCCAUAGGAGCUGCCUUCUCUGCCAGUUUCUCCAGCGGUCUCAGCACCACCCUUGCAGUCUUCUGCCAUGAGCUGCCCCAUGAACUGGGUGACUUUGCAGUGCUGCUUCAGGCAGGGCUAUCUUUUCGGCGCCUGCUGUUGCUGAGCCUCGUUUCUGGAGCCCUGGGCCUAGGGGGUGCAGCCCUGGGUGUGGGGCUCAGUGUGGGCCCCAUGCCCCUCACUCCCUGGGUGUUUGGAGUCACAGCUGGGGUCUUCCUCUAUGUGGCACUGGUAGACAUGCUCCCGGCCCUGCUGCGUCCUCCUGAGCCCCUUCCCACACCCCACGUGCUGCUGCAGGGGCUGGGGCUGCUGCUGGGGGGCGGCCUCAUGCUCACUAUAACCCUGCUGGAGGAGCACCUGUUGCCCCUGGUCUCUGACGACUGAUGGGGCAGCGGGGAGGGGUCCAGGGCGCCCCUCUUCCCACCACUGCCCAGCUAUAUGAAUGGAGGCGGGACACAGGGCCAG